AUGCCCAAACUAGAAGAAAUCGAAAAUUACGAUGAUAUAGACAACAUGGAGAUGGAUUUGGCCGAACUGGAUCCAUCUCUAAACACGCCAAUUGCCCCUAAAAUUGUUACAACAGUGGUGAGAAGCCAGGAUUUAGAGGACAAUAAAGAACCACCUUUAGUUCCAUUAUCGGACAACUCUGAACAAAUAAAUUUCAUUAACCCACAAACAGGUCAAGUCGAAGGUAGUGCAAGAAUGAGUAAACAAGAGUUACAGGAAGUCAAGGGCUUCCAAGUGAUUUACCCCUGUUAUUUCGAUGUAAAUAGAUCCCAUAAGGAAGGUAGACGUGUCUCUAAAGAGUUAGCUGUUGAAAAUCCAUUGGCAAAAACUGUCGCUGAUGCAGUGCGUGAACUAGGUGUUCUCUGUAUCUUUGAAGGUGACAAGUGUCAUCCACAAGAUUUUGGUAACCCAGGUAGAGUCCGUGUUUUAAUCAAAGAGCAAGGAACCACUGUUGUGACUGCUAGUAGUUAUUCUUCUGGGGGUAAGAGACAACUUCUUAACGAUAUAGCAAAAUAUUUACAGAAAAAUCCUACUACUAUUGAGAAAUUGAGAGAAAUACCAUACGGUCCGGAAUUCGACAACAUUGAAUUCAAAAGAGUACCAAAAGUGAAAGGUUUUAAAAUGAACGAUAUUGUUCCACUGCAUAGUUCUUACUUGAUGGGUCAUCCAAUGGUCAAAGGAUUAUAUGAUGCUCCUCCACCUCCAGUUACCCAUGCUAACACACAAGGUAAAUUGAAGAUGCCAAAAAACAAAUAUAAAGUUGUCAGAAGGUAA